AUGAGAAGCGCUGAACAAAGAAACGGCAUCAUCACGUCGAAGCGGAAUGCAAGAGACAAGGCGCUGGGUUUUGCUAGUCCUUAUUUGGUGAACGACCAUGACGCCUAUACCGAAGCAACGGCCAGCGAAAUCGUGCAAAGGAUAGCCAAAGAAGAAUGGACCUCUUCUCAAGUUCUUGAGGCAUACAUUGCGCGAUCUGCCAUGGCCCAGGCCGAGGCGAACUUCUUAUAUGAGGACGCCCGAAAACGAGCAAAAGAGCUUGACGCAGAAUUUGCGACUACAAAGACAUUGUGGGGACCUUUCCAUGGUGUUCCAUUCAGCGUCAAGGAUAAUUACCAGAUUGAAGGAUACGACGCGACGACUGGUCUCACCGCGUGGGCCAACAACCCAGGCAAAAAAGACGCUUGCCUCGUUGCUCAACUCAGAGCUGCUGGUGCCAUCAUCUUCGUGAAGACCAAUGUACCGCAGACAAUGUUCGCGUUCGAGUGUUCUAAUCCUCUCUGGGGUCGCACGACAAACCCAUGGAACAACAAGUAUACAUGUGGAGGUAGCUCGGGUGGAGAGGCAGCUUUGCUUGCCAUGGACGGAUCCGCCAUUGGUGUCGGCUCUGAUGUCGGAGGAAGCUUACGCAUCCCGACAUCGUAUUGCGGCAUUUACUCUUUAAAGCCGACGGCUGAACGUAUCAGUUCUGUUGGCAUCCGGCCUGGAUUCGAAGCAGUUCGAACUUCUCAUGGGCCAUUGGCGCGGUCUGUCCAGGACUGUGAAUUGUUCUGCAAAACUAUCUUUGGUCAAAAGGACUCGUCGCACCAGAAUAUUCCUAUGCCAUACCAAGCCGUCGAGCUCCCUUCAAAGCUUCGCUUUGGUUAUUACCUGUCAGAUGGAAUGAUAGAAACAUCACCUGUAUGCAAGCGAGUAGUACUGGAGACAGUCUCGGCCCUCAGGAAGCAGGGACAUGAAUGCAUCGAGUUCACAUCUCCUCUAAACAGAGCCGCGAUGGAAGUGUUCGUAGCACUCGCAUCAUCUGACGGUUAUAAGAAGAUGCUCUUGUUCCUGGUCACCUUGGGCCCCAGAUUACCGUCCUUUGUCCGUAAGCUGGCUUGUUGGAUCGCCAAGACGUUCUUGGGCGACUCCCUCUUUUCGCAGCUCUUCUCGUUGGCACGAGAGAAAUCUGUCACGGAAUUUACAGAUUUGACCGACCAACGCAAUGAAAUUACUGCUGCGUGGUAUGAACAGAUAUGGGACAAAUACGGUUUCGACGGAAUCAUCGCACCUGUACAGUCCCUUCCAGUGAUACCUCACGGGAGUUCCGCAUACUUAUCCCCGCUCGCGGCCGCGACUAUUAUAUACAACAUCGUCGACUCUCCGGUCGGCAUCAUACCAGUGACGCGUGUCAACCCAGAUACCGACCAGCUAUCAACAGAUUUCGUUCCAGGCGCCUCAGGCCAAUCGAAAGUGUUGGAAAGCCGCAUGUACCUGGGCAAGAAUCCCAUUUACGAUCCUAAAGCGAUGGAGGGUAUACCCGUUGGUGUUCAGCUUGUGGGUAAGAAAUGGGAGGAUGAGAAGGUCCUCGCGAUGAUGCAUGUCGUCGACGAAGCACUGGGACCUAGAGGAUUCGGUCCAGGCAGUUGGAAACAGAGAGAGAAAGACAGUGAUUCUUGA